AUGCAUGAUUUGAUGCUAGGCGAUCGUAAAUUCAAGAAUAUGUUUUAUGUCUCAGUUUUCUUUACAGGUAAUGAUAGUGAGGGUGUUACCAGGGGUAGUUUCUCGACAGCAUCCUGUGCACCCACUCUCUCUGUGCCAUCGGCGCCAAUAGAAACGACCAUUUUCGAUCAGGUCUAUGGUGGUUAUCGACGCCGUCCAGCGAUGAUUAGUUUAAAUGUUCAAUGGAUUCCUGCCAACGAUCGUUCGGGCGCCUAUCAGUGGAGUGAGUACAAUGGUAGUGGUAGUCACUACGCUCGAAAAGUGAAGACCGUCACCUUCUUUGGUACGGGCGAAAUGAGAGGUCGACAAUUGCCAUCGAAAGCAAUCACACCACCGAGUUCCGACUAUACUGAUGCAUAUUUGUCUACAUUUGCUUCAAAACCGAUUCCAGCCCGGCAUACCCAACAUUUAAGUACAUCUGUGUUCACUAAUUCUGCACCAGUUCCACUCAAACCAACAAUCACACCAAUAUUUACAAGUAGUUUACCGAAAACGAGCGAAACUCGUUUUGAUACGAUGACUAGCAGUCAAGUAUCGACUGCAUCCGAUAAGCCGACAUUAUUCCCGUCUACAGGAAGCUUUACAUAUUCGUCAAGCUUCAUUCCUGAGAGAUCAACGACAUGUGAACCAUUCUCGAGCACACAAUACUCUUCGCCCAAAUCACAAACAUAUACGUCGAGCAAUUCGACGUCGCUGCAUUCAUCAACGCUACCAUCAGCCACAACUUAUACUAAUCUUUCAAGUUCAACUGUUGAUAGUCAGCCGUCUUAUCGAACAUUGCCUUCUCGUUCAGAACCGUCGACGACAGCAUCCCCAAAUUUCAAUCGAUUUGAAACAGUAUAUGAAAGUGUCUAUAAACCUAUGGCUCCUUAUUCGGUUCAAUCGUAUCCACCCUCGAACAUCCAUACUACACUCUUUGCAGCAUCCAGCAAAACAUUGCCAUCUACUCCCUAUGUACCAUUUCAAUCGACCCCAUCGACUGUUGAUCAAUCUGUUACUAUGACCGAACGAAUAAUUUCACCCACCCCAAAAGUUGAAAAAUCAAUUAGUCGACCUGAGACACUUCUAUUUCAACCUGAUGAAGAGCUUCAAUCAUCACUGAUUACUCAACCAUCGCCAAUCGCCAAUCCAUCGCCUGAAACUCCUGUUUCUGGUGUAAUCUCUAAAGUUGAACGGGAGUCUGCUGCAACCAAUGAGUUAAUCAGCGCUGCUUCCGCACCAAUUCAAAUUCUUGAAAAUACUUUGAAUAAAUACGAUUCGCUCAUCAAUCAGAUCUCGGAAGUUCUCGCUAGUGUUUCACCAUUAAGUUCGACUAUUAGCAGUAUGAGUCCAGGUAAAAGUGUGCUCGACUACCAACUAUCGUCAGACGAUUCACCAACAGUGCCGAAUCAACGUCUUGAAACUCAACUAUCGCAGUCUGCCAGAACGGAUGUUACUUCUCAAACAGAAAAAUCAAGUCAUAUGAUUCGUGAAGAGUCAUAUGAUAAAAUUGUCACCGCUAUGUCUGAUCUCGAUACGGAUAUAUCUUCACAAGUAGAUGCACAUAAAUUAUCGACUUCGAUCGAGGAAGAAACACACACUCAUUCAGACGUUAAACAACUUCCAAGUUCAGCUGAGGAACCAGAAGAAGAAGAAGAAGAGCAAACUGUUUCAGAAGUUUCUCAAACUAUGCCCACUACAAAAGAGUCUGAAAAAGAAGAACAACAAUCUGCACCAAGUACGAAGCAAACUUUAUUGAUUCAGACAGAAGAAAAAGUAGAAGAAACAAACGAUUCGUUGACUGAUCAGUCUGAAGUUCAAUCAACAUCUGACCAACCACUUUCGUCAACCGUACCACAAGAUCAGGAAGAUAGUCAAGAUCUACAAACAACGUCAACACAAGAAGAGCAACACGAAGGAACAACAACCGUAUCCGGUGAAAAAGAAAUACUAGCUGGUGAACAAACUCAGACUGAAGUACCACCGACAGAAGCGAAAAUAGACGAAAUAGAAAGUGCACCAGCUGCAUUGCCUGAACGGCUAUCACAAGUAGUUCAGUCAGACAUUUCAACAAGCGAAGAUCAGCAAACAGAUUUACUAUCAAGUACACCAGAAGGUAUAUCUAUGAUAGAUGCAGCAGAACAAACACUUGAUGAUGGUACAUCAGGUAGAAAGUUCGCGAAACGCGUAACGUGGGAUGAAGCAGUUGUUGACAACGGCGACGAAGAAAACUCACUUACUCAAAGUUUAACAGAAGAGACUAGUACUUCUGAACAGACGAUGAUUACAGUAGUAGAUGAUCAAAGUACACCUACUGACCAACCAUCUAUUGAAUCACCUACCGACUUGCCGCUUAAUACUUCUGAGCAAGUUUAUUCACCUAGUCCAACUAAUACGCAAUCGCCAUCAACCGACGACUCGUCAAAAGAAGACACGUUUACUAUCAACGAAGUGUCGCAAUCCGAAUCAACGGACUCAAGUGAUAAACGUCAAAUGAAAACGUUCGAACAGAUUUCAGAAAACGUUUCAUCCCAAUCUGAUGAAUUAAUCACCGAGGAACCAACUUCGAUAUCACAAUCAGUAACUCGAAGUUCAAUCGAUACACUUGCAGAUGCAGUAGCAAAUCGCUUUAUCAGUAGCGAUGUCUAUCAUGGUUGCCAGGGCGAUCAUCAACAGUACUCAUCCGACAAAAAUUCAGGGAUAGAAUCUGAUAGCACAGCCGAAUCUCUCUUUACUUCUCUUCGAGAUUCAAUCUCAAUACCGAUUACACCAUUAAUUGAAACUAUUCAAAGUGUUGUUUCCAGUAUGCACACCACCACUGCAGUACAGCCGCUCAAACUCGAAAGUGAAACAAAAGACACGAUUCUUGAAAACACCACUCCAAUAGAAGAGGAAAAAUCUACAGAAAACAAUCCAAGUACAGUACUGGAAAGUAUUCAAGAUACCACUGCAGAAUUGUCUUCGUCACAAUCAAUUGAAAAUCCAUUAGAAAAAGGUCCGAAUUCUGUUGAAGAUGUCGAAAUACCGAAUGUAACAUCCAACGAUGCUAAUAAAAGCGACGAGCUUGAUAUUACUGCCGAGUCUGCAUCUAAUGAAACAGAUAUCCGUCAGACACAAUUGGAUGUUUCGAGUGUUUUGGUUGAAGAAGUCAGCGAACGAAAAGAAGACCAAGAAGCAGUACCAAUAACAACGGAACUUUCAUCAUCACCAAUAGAUAAUGCAUCUACUAUUCAAGUACAUGUCGAUGACGCAGCAUCUUCCACUGCAGAUGCGACACCUAUCACGUCAUUGAAAGAUGCUUCUGCUUUUGAACCAACUCCAACAGCACCUCCACUAUCCGAAAUAUUAUCGAGUGAUCAAACAACAGGGCAUCUUCCAUUAUCAGAAGAUAGAGAUGAUGAAGAAAGUUCCUUGACCUCAGUUACAGAACCUACUGCGGCAUCCCACGAUGACCUGUCUGAACAAACAUAUGAUUCUGAUAAACAAGAAGUAGUUCAAGCUGAAACAACAUCAACUACAAUUGAGAAUGCAUAUACGGACACAUCUGUCGAAACGAAAACGACCUUAGAAGUUAUUCGUGAUGUGAUUACUCAUCCAUUAGCAACCCUAUCUGAAAAACUCCAUGAAAUUAUGCCUGAAACAGACGAUUUAAAAGAACAAGUGUCUUCUGCAGAAGUGAAUACCGACACGAAUGAGCUUCAAUCAACUGACACGAACACUACUCUCGAAACUAUUCGGGAUGCUGUCACUCAUCCAAUAAGUACAUUGACAGAAACAAUUCAAAGUAUCGUAUCAACGUCCACCAGUGAACAGAAUGAAAACUUCGCCAAAGAUGUCGCUGUUGAUGAACAACAUAUUGGGACAUCAGAUUCCAAAUCGGCUCUCGAAACUCUUCGAGACGCCAUUACUCAUCCAAUAGCUACUAUUACAGAAAGAGUUCAAAGUGUCACUUCUUCUUCCACGAAUAAAGAAGUUUCAGACUUUGAACAACAGAUUUCUACGAGUGACAACAAGGAUCAAGAUAUCACAAUAACAGCAGAAGCACAAGAAGAAGAAUCAAUAUUGCAAACAAAACAAGAUACUAUUACCGAUCUAUCAACAUCAACAGAAGAUCAUAUAACUGAUCAGAUUGAUGCUGAUACAAAUCAAAUUCUUCUUGAUACUAUUCAAGAUUUGGUAAAUGAAACAAUCGAGUCAGUUAUUAACGAUCUAGAUCAGGCGACGUCAGUAUCGAAUAUGACUUGGUCUGAUCUCGUUGAUGAAAAUUCAGUGGAAGAUAUUCUUCAUCAAUCAUUUGAACCAAUUCCACAGUCACCCGAUGAAGUUGUUCAAUCAAGCGAUCGUACAACGGAAAGUGAAACACCCACUGAGUCGAACCAACCACCGCCAACUGUCGAAAAUCUGACCGAACAAACGAUUAUUACACCCCCAAAUGAUGAGCAUAUUACGCAGCAAUUCGAUCCAGUAGAAACAACUUGCACUGAAAUUAACAAAGAGCCAUCAUCUGACGUUCGUGAAACAUCUCCAGCCAACACUGAAGAUGAUCCAGCAGACUUAAUCAGUGCAUUACAAGGACAUAGUAUUAUCAUUCCUAGUACAACUUCUAUGAAUGAACAACACGAAGAACAAUUACCAACGGCGCAAGAGAAGUCAUCAAGUUCAGGAACGACGUCAUCCCAAAUAACCAGUUCAGAUCGAUAUGUGUCCUAUGCUAUACAUGAGAUGGGUGAUUCAUCUCAAGAACGUUUGCCAUCAUUUCCAGUUGCAGCUGACAUUCCUGUUUAUCAAGCGGAUAAGAAAAUCUUGGAUGAAAGUAAAGAUCAGCAUAUUUUAUCCGAACAAAUCGGUAAUAACAAUCAAGGACUAGCAAAAGACGAUGAUUUAACUGAAUUAGAUGCAACCGAAAAUCUGACAUCUUAUUCAGACGAUGUUCAUAAACACAAACAUCAUACUCGACAUUCUUCAAAUCAACAGCAAAAAUCUGAUGCUAGUAGCACCGAUGAAGAUGUGGAUGACGAAAAUUUCAGCGAAUUAGAGCAAUCAGAUAUCUCGAAUCUAUAUCGUAUCAUCGAUGAAAUAACACGACCUGGGAAACAUGAGUCAACUUAUCGACGUUACGAUCUUUCGAAUAGUAGUUCGGUGUCAACUAAACCGCAAACAGAUGAUAUUUAUAUUAUACCAGGUUAUCCAGGUUUAUGGAAGCCAUCAGCUGACGAUGAUGAAAGUAUUCAUUCAGGAUUUACUAAUGAUGCUGAUGAUGAAGAUGAAAAACAUCAAUCUGCAAGUGCUAUUCAAACAAAACAUUUUCUUAUCGUUCGUACUACUGUUCGCACAACAAACCCAACACAGCUUCAAGCACCUGUACAACAACGUCUAAAAACUACAAGUCCUGAUCCCUCGUCUCACUCGGGAGCAGUCGAUGUCUUCAAUCGACCGUUGAACGAAUUCUCCUUCGAUGUGUCCGAAUCAGAUAGUUUUAAAACUUGUGCAUCCACAAUAAACUCAUCGUCAGUAUCGAAACAAACGAAAACGUCUGACCUCUACCAAGUACCGAUAUCUGAACAGCGAGAACACCAAACGAGUCCUGACGAAAAAAUUCUUCUUAUUCGCGAACGUGAACGCGGUGUUUCAUUGCCAGUUACUAUGAAAAUCGAUUACGAUGAUAUGGCCCUACGUUUAUCUACGUCUACACCAAUCGAUGCUCCCCUUUACCCACCGCCAACGCAAGCCGAUCUCCCAUUAUCAUCAUCGGCACUGGGUGAACCAAUGCUGAAAAUAACAUCGAGCAGCCGUGCAAGUACUCCGUCGUUGAGUAGCAAUGAAAGUGAGCAACAAAAACUUCCGUCGUCGACAUCAACAUCUUGGUUAAAUACCAUUAACACAAUUACAACAACUAUCCAAGGACCCGAUGGACGUAAGUAA